AACCGCAUCAUACCUUUAUAGCUGUCCCCUACGUAUUAAACUUCCUGAAAUUUUAUCUUUGACACUGGAUUUGGUGAUAUAGCAAUCAUGACGGUGGGCAAGAGCAGCAAGAUGCUGCAGCACAUUGACUAUCGAAUGCGAUGCAUCCUGCAGGACGGCCGCAUCUUCAUUGGCACCUUCAAGGCCUUUGACAAGCAUAUGAAUUUGAUCCUCUGUGACUGUGAUGAGUUCAGGAAGAUCAAGCCAAAGAAUGCUAAACAGCCAGAGCGUGAGGAGAAGCGGGUUUUGGGUCUGGUCUUGCUCCGUGGGGAGAACUUGGUGUCCAUGACUGUGGAAGGGCCACCCCCUAAAGAUACUGGCAUUGCUCGGGUACCACUUGCUGGAGCUGCAGGAGGUCCUGGGGUUGGGAGGGCAGCUGGCAGAGGUGUACCAGCUGGUGUACCAAUUCCGCAGGCUCCUGCUGGAUUAGCAGGCCCUGUCCGAGGAGUAGGGGGUCCAUCGCAACAGGUAAUGACUCCACAGGGAAGAGGUACUGUGGCAGCUGCUGCUGUGGCUGCAACUGCCAGCAUUGCUGGAGCUCCCACCCAGUACCCACCGGGAAGGGGGACUCCACCCCCUCCUGUAGGCAGAGCAACGCCACCUCCAGGCAUUAUGGCUCCACCACCUGGUAUGAGACCACCCAUGGGUCCACCAAUUGGGCUUCCUCCUGCUCGAGGGACACCAAUAGGCAUGCCCCCUCCUGGAAUGAGACCCCCACCACCAGGAAUUAGAGGUCCACCUCCCCCAGGAAUGCGUCCACCAAGACCCUAAAUAAUGUUGGUCCAUAAGUUACCUUUUUUCCCCCACAGUGCAUCUUGUGAAAUUGUGUAGAUUGUUUAUGAGCUUUUUGUCCCUCUUUCUGCAUUAAUAACAGCUAAAAAUAAAUGCAUAGAGCAACUAAACUGUGA